CUCCCCCAAAUUGUGACAGCAUGGAAAAACUGAAAUAGAUGAUCUUUGUUGAAAUGUAGCAGUACUGUAUAUCAUUGCGACGGAGACUGCGAUACUUACCGUGCAUUUCUUCGCCGCAAGAGUUGUGUGCUUCACUCCACCAUGGCAUCUUUCAACAACAAGCAACCCCUGCCGAAGAGCAAGGGGUCUUCCUUCGAUGCGUUUUCGAAGGUAGACGAGCUCGUUUCGAAACCCGUUGUCGGAUCGGACGGGGCGGCAUCGUGGCAGGCGUUCCGAAAAGACAACCAAGCGAACGUUCGCCACCAAGUAUCGGUGGCCCCAAAGGCCCCAUUGAAGAAGCAAGACAAGCUCGGAACGGGAUUUUCCUCGUGGGAGGAAGAGCGGGCGCACGAAGACAUGGUUCGGAAAAACGCUGGGCACGCCUCUGCAAAUUCCGGAUAUACAACGUUCAAGAACGACAAGAGUGCUGCCAAAGAAGCAGCGCUGCGCAAGAAACGAAAGGCGCAGAUAGAAGCUAGAAUACGUCCAGACGACGAGGAAUAUUUCAUCGCGUCAGCGACCUUUGAGGGAUGGAAAUUCGACUACGUUUUUACCACGAAAAAUGGUGCCACGGGUUACUACUGGGACGGCAUGGACAGCGUGAAGAAGGAGAGGGGCGAAUCAAUGCCGGAGAAAAAAUCGGGUCGGUUGCCAUCGGCGUCACCCGGUGUACAAACCAACGAAACCAAGGAUGCCUCCGUCACAAACAAGCCMAAAAAGAAACGAAAAAAAAAGAAAGGCCCGACAAUCGUGCACGACCCAAACAAUCCCAUGGAACAGGUGCAGGCAAUUCUAGAGCGGCGGAACCAAAAACUGAUGGGAAUGAUCACCGCCGACCACGAUCUUCCAAGUGGAUGGGAGGCCGCAAAAGAUCCUUCGACCGGAAAGUCAUACUACUUCCACCGUGCCUCUGGUGACCGCACCUGGGAAAAACCAAAGAUGUCCACGGGUAGUACGAAAGAUCAAGGCAACAACACCGAAACCUUGCCAGCAGGAUGGAAGUCGGCGGUGGAUCAGGUGUCGGGGAAAACAUACUACCA